AUGGUGUUUCGAAGUGAGGAGAUGUGCUUGGCGCAAUUGUUCCUGCAGUCCGGCUCUGAAUAUGACUGCAUCAGUGAGCUCGGGGAGCUGGGGCUGGUCGAGUUUCGAGAUCUCAACCCAAGUGUCAGCUCAUUCCAGCGGCGCUUCGUCAGCGAAAUCAAGAGAUGUGAGGAGAUGGAGAGGAUUCUGGGUUAUCUUCUGAGGGAGAUUCAAAAGGCUCAUAUAGCCGUUCCUGAGGAGGAUGAGAGUCCACUUGCACCUCCUCCUCGACAAGUCCUGGAGAUCAUGGAGCAGCUUCAAAGGCUGGAGAUGGAGCUCAGCGAGGUGGCAAGAAACAAAGAGAAGCUGCGAAGGAACCUGCUGGAGCUCACCGAGUACACACACAUGCUGAAGAUUACGCGGACCUUCAUACACAGCCGCUCAAGACAUGAGGCUCUUGGUCCCCAGUAUGAAGAAUUCCCCACCAUGGAGACAGACUCUGUAACAGGAUCCACCGGUAUGCAAAGACUUGGAGCAAAGCUGGGGUUUGUUUCCGGUCUUAUCCAGCGGGUGAAGGUUGAGGCCUUCGAGCGCAUGUUAUGGCGAGUUUGUAAGGGUUACACCAUCCUCAGCUACGCAGAAGUGGAUGAGAACCUCACUGAUCUCGACACAGGUGAGAUAAGCAAAAGCGUUGUGUUCCUCAUCUCUUUCUGGGGAGACCAGAUUGGUCAGAAAGUUCAGAAAAUCUGCGAUUGUUACCACUGCCAUCUUUAUCCCCACCCUGAGAAUGACGAGGAGAGGGCAGAUGUGUUGGACAGCUUAAGGACGCGCAUCCAAGAUCUUAACAAUGUGCUACACCGCACUGAGGACUACUUGAGGCAGGUUCUGCAGAAGGCCUCAGAGUCAGCCUACACCUGGGUUGUGCAGGUGAAAAAGAUGAAGGCAAUCUAUCAUAUCCUCAACCUCUGCAGCUUCGAUGUCACCAACAAGUGUCUGAUUGCUGAAGUGUGGUGUCCUGUCAGUGAUCUGGCAAACCUGCGGGGGGCCCUAGAAGAAGGCUCAAGAAAAGGUGAUGCCACUGUACCGUCCUUUGUGAACCGCAUCCCAAGCAGUGAUACUCCACCUACCCUGUUAAGAACGAACAAGUUCACGUCUGGCUUUCAGAGCAUUGUGGAGGCUUAUGGGGUGGGGGACUAUCGCGAGGUAAGCCCAGCACCCUACACCAUCAUCACAUUCCCCUUUCUGUUUGCUGUGAUGUUCGGUGACCUCGGGCACGGGUUGGUAAUGAGUCUCUUUGCGCUUUGGAUGGUGUUGACGGAAAAAUCACAGAAGAAGAAACGUUCCAGUAAUGAGAUAUGGAUGACAUUCUUCAACGGACGUUAUAUCAUUCUAAUGAUGGGACUUUUCUCCAUCUACACUGGACUGAUUUACAAUGACUGUUUUUCCAAGUCUCUCAAUAUAUUUGGCUCUGGCUGGAGCGUCAAGGCUAUGUUCACAAAUCAGCAGUGGACAAACAAAACUCUUCAAACAAACACUUUGCUCACAUUAGACCCCAAUGUCAGUGGCGUUUUCAGUGGGCCGUACCCAUUUGGCAUUGAUCCUAUAUGGAACAUGGCAGUGAACCGGCUGUCCUUCCUAAACUCCUACAAGAUGAAGAUGUCAGUCAUUAUCGGGGUCAUCCACAUGAGCUUCGGAGUGGUGCUGAGUGUCUUCAAUCAUUUGCACUUCCGACAGAAAUUUAACGUCUAUCUGCUGUUUCUUCCUGAGCUGCUCUUUCUGCUCUGUCUCUUUGGUUAUCUGGUCUUCAUGAUUUUCUACAAGUGGUUGGCUUUUGGCGCACAGGACUCCAGCCAGGCUCCCAGCAUCCUCAUCCACUUCAUCAACAUGUUCGUCAUGCAGGGGAGCAAUAUCGCUCCUCUGUACCCAGGACAGAUUGGGCUGCAAAUUUUCCUAGUUGUGAUAGCUAUGCUGUCAGUUCCUGUGCUGCUGUUAGGAAAACCUCUUUUCUUGUAUUGGCUGUAUCGUGGGGGCAAAGGUCUGGGCAGGCGCAGAGGUUACGAGAGAGUGAGGCGUGUGAGUGAAGAUGACAACUCCACUGCACCAUCCUAUGAAGAUGAUGAAGAGGAGGGACUUGAUGAAAUGACCAGCAAAGAAGCUCUUCCUAAAGAGUUUGACUUUGCGGAUGUGCUCCUGCACCAGGCCAUUCACACAAUAGAGUACUGCCUGGGCUGCAUUUCUAACACAGCAUCCUACCUGCGUCUCUGGGCACUCAGCUUGGCUCAUGCCCAGCUGUCAGAAGUGUUGUGGUCCAUGGUGAUGCGUCUGGGUCUAAAGAUCACCACCAGAGUGGGCGUGGUGUUUUUAGUACCUGUAUUCGGUCUCUUUGCCACGCUAACCGUGUCCAUCUUGCUGGUGAUGGAAGGCUUAUCAGCGUUUCUUCAUGCUCUCCGCCUCCACUGGGUGGAGUUUCAGAACAAAUUCUACCAUGGGACUGGCGUCAAGUUUUUGCCCUUUGACUUCUCGCUUCUGCCCUCUGCUUUUGAGCAGGAUGGCUUGCUUUAA